AACACACACACAUUCAUAAAUUUCUCCCAAACCUCAAAAUCCUCACCAACACACACACACACACACACACACACAAUUUUUCAGCCAUGGAUCCAUGCCCUUUCGUCCGCUUAACCGUGGAAUCAUUAGCCCUCCAGCUCGCCGCCGCCACCCGCCCCUCCGGCUCCGGCAUCCACCCCUCCUCCACCCCAUGCUACGCCACCCUCAAAAUAAAAAACUUCCCCUCCCAGCAAGCCCCCCUCCCUCUCAUCACCGCCGCCGCGCCGGAGCUAUCCUCCUCCGCCGCGGCGUCGUCGUUCGACAUCGGGCCCGACGCCCUCCGCGGCCUCCUCGCGUGCAGCAGGCCCGUGCUGGCCCUGAAGAUCAAGGUCUUCGCGGGGCGCACGGGGCGCACGUGCGGCGUGACGAGCGGGAAGCUGCUGGGGACGCUGCAGCUCCCCGUGGACGUGGCGCACGCGCAGGGGCGCGCGUGCGUGUACCACAGCGGGUGGAUGAAGCUCGGCGGGGGCGGGGAGGCCAGGCUGCACGUCACGGUCCGCUCCGAGCCGGACCCGAGAUACGUGUUCCAGUUCGGGGGCGAACCGGAGUGCAGCCCCGUCGUCUUCCAGAUUCAGGGGAAUAUUCGCCAGCCGGUUUUCAGCUGCAAGUUCACGGCCGACCGGAGUAAUAGAUCACGAUCUCUUCCAACUGAUUUCAACAUUAACAACAACAGAGGGUGGAUGAGAAGAACUCUCUCUGGCCACAGAGAUAGAGUAGGCAGGGAGCGCAAAGGGUGGAUGAUCAUAGUCUACGACCUCUCGGGCUCGGCCGUGGCGGCCGCUUCCAUGAUCACCCCGUUCGUCCCGUCCGCAGGGUCUGACCGCGUCUCCCGCUCGAAUCCCGGGGCGUGGCUUAUCCUGCGGCCGAACGGGGUCUCGAUCAGCAGCUGGAAGCCGUGGGGCCGACUCGAGGCGUGGCGUGAGAGGGGGGCCACCGACGGCCUCGGCUACAAGUUCGAGCUCGUGGCCGAGACCGGCGGGAUCCCCAUAGCCCAGGGGACGAUGAGCGCGAAGAAGGGCGGCGGGUUCUGCAUCGACGACUCGAGCAAGGACUGCGCCCUGAGCGCGAUGUCGCCCGUGAGAGGGUUCGUGAUGGGGUCGACCGUCGAAGGGGAAGGGAGGGUCAGCAAGCCGGCGGUACAAGUGGCCGCGCACCACGUCACGUGCAUGGCCGACGCCGCUCUAUUCGUCGCGCUCUCGGCGGCCGUGGACCUCAGCGUGGACGCGUGCCGCCUCUUCUCGCACAAGCUAAGGAAGGAGUUUAGUGGCGAGAGCGAUGACUUAUUCCUUUGAGUACAAUGUCGGAAGCAGAAAAUAAUAUUUAUAGUAAAAAAAGAAGAUUGUGUGGAGGACAAAAUGGUCAUUUUCUAUUCAAACGGUUCUCACGGUGAGGACUUUUGAAUGAGUAGGUUUUUGGAGGUUUAUUUUGUAUUCAUUGAUUCUUUGGUGAGAAAGGAUUCUUUUUUAUUCUGUAAUCGAUAUAGGUUUUUUUUUUCUUGAAAUGAUGUCACACAUACUCAAAUUGUAUAGAUCCGUUUUAUUCUUUCAUGAUUGUUCAUUCAUUUAUUUAUUCGAUCACUGGUUGUAAAUGUUGAAUACGAUGUUUUAUUGGAUGCUAAAUUGAUUGUUAUGCUCA